AUGCGUAUCCGAUUUCGUUUCUCAUUGCGACACUUAUUUCACGCAUAUCUGGUAGAAAUUAUUUUAUGUUUACAAACAAUCUAUUAUUGCUUAGCUUCAUCGAUCGGUCAAUAUAUCUAUCGUUAUUACCUUGAAUCUUACAGUGAAACAAUUGAUUUCAAUUCUGAUUUUUGGUUCUUAUCGAAUACAUUUAAUACAACAAUAAAAGAUAAAAUUGAUCAAUGUAACGAUCUAUCAGUGCCAGCACCAGCACACCAAUGGGCUCAACAAAAAUCUUCAAAUUUAUUUUUCUAUCAAACUGUAGCAUCUAGUAUACCUACAAUUGUUAUGACUUAUAUAUUAGGUUUAUAUACACAUCAAUUGGGUCGAAAAUUUGUUCUUAUUUUGACUAUGUUCGCCGAUCACUGGUGGCAUAUUGCAGCAUUCCUAUCGAGUUUAGCUGGUGGUGGUAAUGUUUCAAGUUUUAUUCUUAAUUUGAUCAUUACGGAUAGUACAGAAGAAUCAGAAAGAACAUCAAAAUUUUUGCAUACUGGUGCUAUGUGUACAGGAAUAGGUGCAAUAACUUCACUUCUAAUUGGAUUUUGGAUUGAAUACCGUGGCUUUCUUGAUUUAUAUUGGGCAGCUUUAUUCAUUCAGUUAAUGACAAUACUUGCUGUUUAUGUUUAUAUGAGACCUCAAUCACUCACUCCUGUUCUAUCAAUAAAUUCCCAUUGUCAUAAUCAUAGUAACAAUAGGACUACUAAAUAUGACCAAUUAAUACAUAUAUGCAUGGUUUUCUCUCCGCGACAUACAAAUCGUUCACGGAAGCGAUCCAUAUGUUUAAUUAUAACGCUUGUCGCAUUCACAUUUCAUUGUUUGGCUUCAUUAUCAUUUGGUGUUCCGUUUUUAUGGUUUCAACUUAACUAUCCAUUUUGUUGGUCAGCCACCGACAUUGGUUAUUACAAUACCGUAUCAUCGAUUAUUUGGACUGUUGGAAGUAUUGUUGGACUGAAAUUUUUCACAUACACACGUUUCGGUGAUGCUGCAAUUUGUUGUUUGUCUCAUAUAUUUUUUAUUAUAUCAGCUUUAUGGGUAGCUCAAGCAUCCUACAGUUGGCAACUAUAUUUAGGCUUAUUUAUAGCACCAUUUACUUCAUAUCAAGGCUCAUUAACAUAUUCGAUCAUAUCAAAAUGGCUAGAACCAAACGAAAUAAAUAACGCUUAUACAUUUGUUACAGAAAUAAAUACAAUAUUAAAUGUUUUUGGAAAUUCUUUUUUCAAUUAUUUGUAUUCAAUUACAGUGAGUUACUCAAGGAAUUUUACAUUAAUACUAGCAGCUGUACUUGGAGUCAUUCCAUUAGUUCUUAAUUGUAUUUUAUAUCGAGUGACUAUUCGCAUUUCUGAUGAAAGCGAUCAUCGUAUAACAGAAUGUAAACCAAUUUUAAUACCCAAUCAUAUGCCAAUGAUAGAACCAGCUGGUAUAGAAGCUGUUCGAUUUCCGGCAAAAACUUCAAAGAGGAUUCAAUGA